ACAAAGGAAGACGCUGUCACUUGCUGUUUCUGCCUGUGUUUUCCCGACAUCGACCCACAGUCGGCAGACCACCAUAACAUAUACCAACAAUUCGAGAUCUUCUGGAGGAGUCGGGGUAACUUUGUCGCCAAAUCAGUUGCCCGGAUGAUGCUGUUCGAUUUCCCGUUGUCGUGCAAGAAGUCGCAACCCGUUAUUGUCGGAAAAUGGUAUUGUCCUUUCAUUUUCAUCAAAGAUGGAACACCAAAAGACCAGAUGACUAAAUCCAUGUAUUACAUAAUGACACUUGAGCAACAAUGGGAACAAGUCUUUGCAUGCAACAAUGACUACAACAAAGACAAUGCUGUUGAAGUCGACGUGAGAGUCGAAAGGGAAGUGGUUAGGGUUAAUGGGAUACCAAGGGAGAAUUAUAUAAACGAUAGAGAAAUAGUCGACGGAGUGAUGCGGUUCGGGGGUUCAACGGCCGGUGUUGGAUUAAGUUUGGCCAUUGUUGAGAGAAUGAAGUGGGAAGAAGAAAGGUUCGGGUGGAGUGGUGGGAAUGAAAAGGUUAAAAGGGUGGAGAAAAUGGAGACGAAUGGUGUGUGGAAUCAAUUUGGGUGUUACAUGAGCUUGACUUUUAACAAUAUGUUGGUGGAGAGGUUUGUGUUGAGAAGAAUGGAUGAGAGUUUGGUAUUGACAUAUGAUUUCAAGCAUACUCACGUUGUUAGAAGCAAACGGGAAUGAUUAUUUGUGCAAUUUUAGCGGAGAAAU